CCGCCGUUAGGGAACGAUUGGGAACCCAAGCGGAGCCCCUACUUGUCCUGCUGCGGGCGGGGAGGGCGAAGAAAGUUAAUCUGAGCUAGGGCUGCUGUCUUUUCGGUGUCAAGUGUUAGCAUGGAAACUGACAGUGGAGAGAGCUUCCGGGCACGCACAAGAUUCAGGCAGGGAGAGGAUAUCACCAGAAGAGGAGGGGAGGACGAGGAGAUUGCUUGCCCACGGUCUGGGCUGGCACUGUUGUUGUUAUGUGCCUUCACGUCGAUUACGACUAUUGGCGACCCUAUGAAUCAGCGACCUCUGACUGACCCAACCUGUUCAGAUCUUUGACUCCUGACGAAGGCCUCAUGCUAUCCAUCCUGCUGUGGCUGCUGUCCAUAGCCAUCCUCCACAAUACUGUCUCUGGGAGCAUUUCCUGCUAUGACGACUCUGGGCAGCCAGUGGAUUGGUAUAUUGUCUACAAGCUGCCCAAACCCCACCACAGCCCCAUAGCAGAGGGCAUGCGGUACAUGUAUCAAGAUGGGAGCACCCAGGGCUGGGUGCAAGGCAGAAGACUGAUGAACAGUACUGAAGGAGCUGUGGGACGGACUAUGCAGCAGCUGUACACAGAGGCAGUGCGGAGGCAGGAAACAGCCUAUGUCCUGUACAAUGAUGAACCUCCAAAUAAGCUUUCCUCCAGCCUCAAGGGCCAUACGAAAGGAGUCAUCCUGCUGGACAGAACUCAGGGUUUCUGGCUGCUUCACAGCACUCCUCACUUCCCUCCCAGUCUAAAUGAGAAAGAAUACGCCUGGCCCCACAGCGCAUUGCCCAAUGGGCAGACCUUCCUGUGCAUCACCUUCCCCUACAGUCAGUUCAAAGAAAUUGGGAAUCAGCUGCUCUUUACUGAGCCCCAGGUCUAUGAUUAUCGUGUGGAAGGUACCUUUGCCCAGGACUUGCCUACCUUGUUGAAUGCUUCAGAGGGGAAGCACAUUGAAGAAGAGCCUUGGAACUCCAGUGUUGCCCUUACAUCAUUGGGGGGCAAGGAAUUUAUCAGCUUUGCCAAGUUUCGCCUCUUCAGUGAUGAUCUGUACUCCGGCUGGUUGGCCCAAGCUCUCACCAGUGAUCUCUAUGUCCAGUUCUGGCUUAGGUCCCGAGGGAUCCUGCCUUCCAAUUGUUCUGGACACUUCCGAGUCUACAAUGUGAAGGAACUGGCCUUCCAGCACCCAGCCAUCACCUUCCUUUCCAUGGUGGACCAUUCCAAGUGGUGUGUGGGGACAGAGAACAAUCCUGGCUGGGCCUGUGUCGGGGACAUGAAUCGUAACCGUGCAGAGGAACAGCGUGGGGGUGGCACUAUUUGCUGUUCUGACGCAGCCAUCUGGAAAGCUUUCCACUCUUUAGUACAGAACUAUACAGAUUGUGAUGGUGCAAGGGACCAUCCAGUUACGUGGGCUGUGAUCACCUGAAAAGUCUCAGCCAUAUUAAGAGGGCAUGCUUCAACAAACUGGGAAAAGAGGAUUAUGGACUGUGACCCAAGUGCUAAUGGGCACCCCUCAAACACUUCCCAUUAUCCAAUUGGCCCCUCCCAAUUUUCAGUCACAGUAUAUUCUAGUCCUAUAUAGGAUUAAAUCCUUGCUCCUUUGAAAUGGUCUUUGCCACUUCCUUGCUCCCCUAAACUCCCCCCCCGGGAAAUGACCCCUUGCCAGACUUGGAAACAGAGUAGGCUGCUUUGCACUUCUCCAUUCAUCUUUGUUCUAUCCCCUUACAUAACAGCUAUGCCAGGGUUCCGUGGGCUGCAGAAAGGAAAUAACUGGUGCACAGAAAUCCAUUUGCUGCGAUAAUAAUGUACUUUUUGUAUGUGCAUGUUUUGUAUAAAUGUGUUUCCAACAGCAAAGAAUAUGGAUUUGGGGGGUAGAUUCUAUGAGUAGGAGAAAAAUGAAAUGCUGAGUGAGGAUGUUCCUAGGUCAGCGACGGUCUCCACCCUCCCCAUAUCACCAGACACCCAAGCUUUAAGAAAAUUUAAGAAAAAAAAGUAAAGAUAGCUACAGUUAUGUUGUGGCAUAUCUUUAACACCUAAAACCACAAAGUUUAUUAAAAUUAUAUUGCGUAUAAAUACUAAUUUCCACAGUUUUGUGAUAAUUUCAUGAUACUGUGCAAUACACAUGGCCCAUAGUUGAGAAAGGAACCAGUCAACUCUCCCUUUUGCCACUCACUUAACAGCAGGCCAUGGGGCGGUAUAUCUGCAAAUCUGACUGGUUUCUCCAUACCUUCUCCCCCUCCUCUAUUUAAAAAUGUAAGGAUUCUUACAGCUGUGAAGAAAGAUAGUAGAGGCCCCAAACAGUGGAGGUGGGUAGACCCUCUGCAAUGGAAAAGGGAGAUGAUCAGUGUGUGAAAAAAUUGAGGGUGGAUAGAUUUUGCCUCGGAAUCACACUUAAAACAAUGUCAGAUUGAAACUUUUAAAGGCAGUGUGUGUUUAGAUCCUCCCUGUUUUACCUCCCUCAGGUACACUUGUGGGCUUAACCUCACUCCCUUUAUCUACCAAGUGCAACGGAUCAUCACAGAGGCUACUGUAGCCCUGCCUACCAGUCUUGAUAAAACUGGCAUCACAAAAAAGGCAAGGAAAUGGAUGUGAUUUUAGGAAGUUCUGUAAAGUGAGAAAGAACACUGGAUGAUUGUCUUGAGCAGACAACUGUGAUGCUGUGGGAUCAGCUAAGAUAAAGAACUAACAAAGGCAGUGGUUGGAGGAAUUUAACAGAGAAGAGAAACCAAGAAGAAAACAUUGAGGGAAGGGAAUUAUCACACACACACUCCAAAGCAAGCUGGGUUUUUUUGCUUAGU